AUGAAGACCACCUUCUUGCUUACCCUCUUCCUUGUAUUUGCCUUCAUGCCAUCAGCCAAAGCUGAUUUGGUGGACACCGAUGGUGACCCCAUCAGAAAUGGUGGCUCAUACUACAUCUUCCCGGCCCUCUGGGACGCGGCGGCCCCGUCAGCCUCAGCAGCUAAAGAUUUUAUCAUGGAGUUCAUCGUCGAGUCGCCGCCAAACUGUGCAGCCACUCCGGCAAGGUGGACGAUUGUUGGGGGAGAAGAUGAGACAAAGCAAGUGAAACUUGAGGAGUAUGAGCCUGAAGACACCAUCAUGAGCACGAGCACACGAGGACGAGAAAAUAAUAGGCCUUUGGUUAUCGCUGAUGAUGAUGACGACCCUUUCGUAGUUGUGUUUCGCAAAGUUGAAUCACCAGCUGAUUGA